CUGGCUCGAUCUUCCCAACCCAAACGCGGAUAGAGUUACACUACAAGGAGAGGUAUGGCCGCGACCUAUGUCUCCGUUGUGCUGCUACUUUCGGUUUUGGGGAGCGCAUCUGCGCAGCUCUCCACCGGCUUCUACUCCUCGUCGUGCCCCAGUCUGUCGUCGACGGUGAAGCCAGUGGUCCACUCCGCCAUCUCCAGCGAGCAGCGGAUGGGCGCCUCGCUGCUUCGCCUUUUCUUCCAUGAUUGCUUUGUCAACGGGUGUGAUGCGUCGUUGCUCUUGGAUGACACAUCAAACUUCACGGGGGAAAAGACCGCAACUCCCAAUCAGAAUUCAGUGAGGGGAUUCGACGUGAUCGAUAAGAUAAAAACGGCGGUGGAGAAGGCAUGCCCGGGAGUGGUCUCCUGCGCCGACAUCCUCGCUAUCACUGCAAGAGAUGCGGUGGCCAUCCUAGGUGGGCCUAAUUGGGAUGUGAAGCUGGGAAGAAGGGACGCGAAGACUGCAAGCCUCUCCGGGGCUAACAAUAACAUCCCACCCCCAUCCUCCAGCCUUAGCAAUCUCAUCUCCAAGUUCUCAGCGCAGGGUCUUUCCAGACAGGACAUGGUUGCACUUGCAGGAGCGCAUACCAUCGGCCAAGCCAGAUGCAUCUCCUUCAGAUCCCGUAUCUACAACGACACCAACAUCGAUAGCUCCCUUGCCACAACCAGGCAGUCCAACUGUCCCAGCACCUCCGGCUCAGGCGACGGCAACUUGGCACCGCUGGACCUCCAAACUCCGACCACCUUCGACAAUGACUACUUCAAGAACCUGGUCAACCUCAAGGGCCUCCUUCACUCGGAUCAACAGCUGUUCAGCAACGGAUCCACUGACUCCCUGGUGAAGACUUACAGCGCCAGCCCGAGCAAGUUCGCGUCGGAUUUUGCCGCAGCUAUGAUCAAGAUGGGGGACAUCAGCCCUCUCACGGGCUCCCAGGGGGAGAUCAGGAACAACUGCAGGAUGGUCAAUUAAGGUUAUACAUGAACCGAGUAAAGAAAAGGAUAUAAUAUUUUGCAUUAAUCAGUACUAAUAAUAUGGUAGAUAGCCCCGGUCGUCAGUACUACUGUCCAUCGUCGUUGAACUUUUAUGGUUUUCCGUGGAGCAGUUCGAAGUUUUUUAUGUAACAUCAUAUGAAGUCGAGUCUCGUUGGUGUUCUGUACCGUGCACUGUCCCUUUCCUCGACCUACCAAAGAGAUAUAUGUGCUCUGCUCCAGCCUCUGGAUCUGCCUUCUCUGUUGGAAAUUAGCUCGUUCAGUGGAUUACUUUUCUUACGAUCUUA